UAGGAGCCGCAGUAGGGUUGCUCCGUGGGGACACGCGCGUGGACACCUCACCGAAUCUGUCACGCUCCACAGGAGUCUACGGCAACGUCAGAGCCAAGAUGGGGCGAAAAGCGAUCAUCUGCAGCUGGAAGAAAAAUGUCAACAACAUCAAGGAUGUGUUUGAUUUCAAAGGAAAAAUGGGAUCGGGGUCAUUCUCCGAGGUUUACAUGGUGAGAGAAAAGAAGAGCGGUCAGCUUUAUGCCCUGAAAUGCCUGAAGAAGAAGCACCUCGCCAACAGCAAUCUGGAAAAUGAAAUCAACGUACUGAGGAGGAUAAAGCAUGAGAAUGUUGUACGGUUGGAGGACUUCUAUGAAAGCCGGACACAUUACUACCUGGUCAUGCAGCUAGUGUCUGGCGGUGAACUGUUUGAUCGCAUUUUAGACAAGGGGGUUUACACCGAAAAAGAUGCAAGCAAAGUUAUCAAACAGGUGCUGGAGGCUGUCGGCUAUCUUCAUGAAAACGGCAUCGUGCACAGAGAUUUAAAGCCUGAGAACCUGCUGUACGAUAACAUGGAUGAAAACUCUAAGAUCAUGGUCAGUGACUUUGGUCUGUCCAAGGCUCUUGAACAUGGAGUGAUGUCUACAGCUUGCGGUACACCAGGAUAUGUUGCUCCUGAGGUUUUGGCUCAGAAACCCUACAGCAAAGCAGUGGACUGCUGGUCCAUUGGAGUCAUCACAUACAUCCUGCUCUCCGGCUACCCUCCUUUCUUUGAGGAGAACGAGACUCAGCUGUUUUCAAAGAUCAUGAGGGCUGACUAUGCCUUCCAUUCACCUUUCUGGGACGACAUCUCUGAAUCAGCCAAAGACUUCAUUCGGAACUUGAUGGAAAAAAACCCAACGAAGCGCUUCACCACUGAACAGGCACUCCGACAUCCCUGGAUUGCUGAGCACACGGCCAAAGACCUGGACAUCUAUCAGUCCGUCUGUGAACAGAUGGGGAGAAACUUUGCCAAAUCUAAAUGGAAGCAGGCCUUCAAUGUAGCCUCAGUUGUCAACCACAUGAGGAAACUACAGCUUUCCCACACAGAGGCAUACCCAUCACCCCUCCCUCUACCCAACAUCGUAGUAGAGUCUUCUCUAGAGUCUGACUCAGAGCUGCUAAAACCCCGCUGUGAGAAGGACGCCCCCCUGGAUUCUAACGGGAACCCUAUUGUGAUGGCUCAUCAUCUAUCAAGCACAACCACAGAGUCAGGCAGAGGGAUCUGUCCAUCUCUUAUCUCCAUCCACAGCCAACCUGGAGGCGCACCCACUGCAGAGGGCGCCCAUAGCUUCCAUUCACAGGAUGACACCCAUUUUAGACCAUCUCAGAGCUUGGAUGUUGUGGCUCAGAGGAAGGAACAACCGUUUCAGUCUGGAGUCUGCACGCUCAUGUGACGAACAGAAUCACCUCUAAUGAAGCUUGUUCUAUGAAUCCGUGAGCCUCGUCCUCAUCAAGCCACCUGCGACUGACUCCAUCAUGCUGUUUGCUGCAGAUAACGAGCCCAUUUAAGUGAUAUCUGUGACUACAGAUUCAGAGACAUGAUGAAGGGCCAGAGGGACAUGCUACUCACAAAUAUGCACAAAGUCAUGCAUUUAUUCAUUAAGAGUUUAUUUUCAUAUGUAACAUACCCUUGAACUGUGUUUAGACACAGAGUUUGUUUAGGCGUGAUUAAAGCAGCAUUUUCUAGAACACUGGUUCUCAAAGUGGGGGGGCAGCUAGUUCAAUUGCAUGGGAGGCUUGGGAGAAAUCAAUUAUUACCAGUUUUGAUAAAUAUAAUUUUUUUGAUCUAUUGAUCGUUGCUGAAAUAAACAGUUAACAAGUUUAAAGGAAAUAAUAGCUG